GUUUGGACUCAGCUGCUGGGGUGUGGAGCCGCGCCUAGCUGAGCUGAGCAGCUGCCACUCCAGCUUCUCCCUCCAUGUCUCACUUCUUACCAGAAGCAACUUUCCUUCCUCAGUUGCCUUAACUUUUCCCCCUCCCUGCUUUUCCCUUGCUGGAAGCCAAGCGCUGUCCCUCCUGCCUGCCUCCCACUCCUCCUGCUCCCUGAUCUCCAGGGACUAAAGUUAAGUUAUUUGGGAGUGGGCUCCUGGCCACUUUGAGCCUACCGCUGGCUAACUGGUUGUCGCUCCCUCACUCCCUCCGGACACUAUGAAGCCCCCUGGCUGGACAGCUGCUCAGUGGCUGCUUUGUCUGCUCUUUUUGCGGAUCCCGGGACCAGGGCACUGCUACCUUUACAACAAUCGCUAUGCAGGAGAUAAGGUGAUAAGGCUUGUCCCAGAAACAGAGGGAGAGGCGCAUGUACUGAAGAAUAUAUGCCAUCAGUUUAAGGUGGAUCUAUGGCAGCCCAGCAGCAUCUCCUAUGUCUCGGAAGGAACGGUUACAGAUGUCCAUAUUCCCCAAAAUGGUUCUCAAAUCCUGUUAGCCUUCUUACAACAAGCCAACAUCCAGUACACGGUCCUAAUAGCAGAUCUCCAGAAAGCACUGGAAAAAGGAAGCAGCUUGAGGGCCCAACGGAACCGUAGAUCACUUCCAGGAUAUAGUUAUGAAGUUUAUCACUCUUUAGAAGAAAUUCAAAAUUGGAUGCAUCAUUUGAAUAAAACCCACUCAGGCCUCGUUCACAUGUUUUCUAUUGGAAAAUCAUAUGAGGGAAGACCUCUUUUUAUAUUAAAGCUGGGCAGAAGAUCCCGGGUUUACAAAAGAGCUGUCUGGAUAGACUGCGGCAUUCAUGCAAGAGAAUGGAUUGGUCCUGCCUUUUGUCAAUGGUUUGUAAAAGAAGUAAUAAGUACAUAUAGAACAGACCCUAGUGCCCAGAAAAAUGUUAAUCACCUCUACUUCUACAUUCAGCCUGUUUGUAAUUGUUGAUGGAUACCAUUUUAGUGGACCAAUGAUCGAUUUUGGAGGAAAACAAGGUCAAGGAACUCAAGGUUCCGUUGCCGUGGAGUGGAUGCUAAUCGUAAUUGGAAGUUCAAAUGGAUUGAUGAAGGGGCUUCCUUUCACCCUUGUGACGAUACAUACUGUGGGCCUUUUCCUGAAUCUGAGCCAGAGGUGAAGGCCGUAGCUCACUUUCUCCGAAAACGCAGGAAGCACAUCACAGCCUACCUUUCCUUCCAUGCUUAUGCACAGAUGUUGCUCUACCCCUACUCUUAUAAAUAUGCAAAAAUCCCCAAUUUCAGCUGUGUUGAAUCUGCAGCUUAUAAUGCCGUUAUUGCUCUUCAUUCAGCAUAUGGGGUCCGCUAUCGACAUGGGCCUGCAUCAAGCACUUUGUAUGUGAGCUCUGGCAGCUCGAUGGACUGGGCUUACAAAAGUGGAAUACCCUAUGCAUUUGCAUUUGAACUGCGGGACACUGGGCAUUUUGGAUUUUUGCUCCCAGAGUCUCUAAUCAAGCCAACAUGUACUGAGACAAUGCUGGCAGUGAAGAAUAUCACAAUGCAUCUGCUAAAGAAGUGUCACUGAGAGAUGUCACAAAGGGCAGAAUCUCAGCAUGAGCAGACACAUCACCCUUGUCAGGAAGGAUUCUGAGCAAGGGCCUUGCCUUGGUUUUUCAGAACUCUUUGGGAUUGGCUAGUUGUUUUGUUGUACAGUCAUUCAUUUGUUCAUUUGUUCAGUCAUUUGUUUAUUCGUUUGAUUUUUUUUAAAAGAGACACAAACCCUGCUUGUGGUGAAUUUCUGUGAAAGUAAAAUAGUUCAUCAACUUUAAAAGAGUCUCUCAUAUGUAUCAGCUACACUGAAAUGGGAAGUAGGGGAGUAACAUCAGAGGCUUGGUUAUUAGAAGCCAAAUUGUCACCCAGUGUCCUUUGAAAGAAAACAUCAUCUCUGAGGCCAAAUUUUAUA